GAAGAGAGAGCACUUACAAUUUACAUAGAGCGAUGUCUUCUUAGAGAGAGAGAGAGAGAGAGAGAUGGAAGACGAGGACGACGAGGAGGUAGAGAGAGCCGCGAGAUGGCUUGAAGACCUCUCCAAUGGCGUCCUGAACCGCGAAUUCGAUUUCCUGACGUUGCAAGGCCUCCGAGUCGUCCGCGCCCGGAAGGACUCCCUCCUCUGCACCUUCGUCGUCCCCGAUCGUCUAUCGGUAAAUCCCAAGUCCGGCUCGGACAUGGAUGGGAAUUGGCACGUGGGAGCGAUGGCGACGCUGAUCGACGACGUCGGAGCUGCGAUGGCGUACUCCGCCACCGGCAAACUCAAGGCCACCCUCGACUUCUGCGUCUCUUAUCUUUCCACGGCGAAGAUCCAAGAAGAAGUAGAGAUAGAGUCAAAGGUGGUAGGGCCAGGGUCAAAGGGAAAGCUUGCGAUGGUGGUGAUGGAAGUUAGGAGGAAAGACAGUGGCAAGUUAAUUGCCUUGGCUAAGCAGUGGUUGGCUUCUGUCAAUUUGACCGGUGAUCAACUUAAGAGCAAGCUUUGAUACUUGCUUUGCGUGCAUUCAUGUCAGAAAUUCCGUACCAUUUCUAAAAUUCGAAACUUUGAACAAUUAUAUAAUAUGGCUUGUGAAGUGUCUCGACGACUUUCUUUUCCAUGCACAAACGCAAAUGUCACAUUUUUACUUUGAUCUCCCUAUUAUUACCAGCUAGUGAACAGACCAUGCUUUGCAGCGCAUUCUAUAUUUCAA